GCCCCCUCCUAGAUAGCAGCAGCUGCUGAUCCAAUUACUCCAACUCCACGGCCCACCCUGUUGCUUGAAUAUCAAGAAGGAUGCUGCUCAUUGCUUCAUCCCCCGAUAAAUGCGGGGAAGUUGAACGAGAGGAAGCAAUUCCGCGUCUUAUCAACGGCAAAUGCCAUCUUCAUAAACGAGACUGGAAAACAAUUAACGAGUGGCGUCACAUUGGACAGGAAACCCUUCUUUUCUAUUUGAUAAUUACCGAGAUAUGACUGCAGAUGAAUUGGAGAUGCCCGCCUUCUCCCUUGGACAUAGCAAACUGACGCCCUCGAAGCUUAUCGGAGAAUAAGCAUGCGGCGCGCCUUGCCUACAUAUUGAGUUCGACCUCCUCCCUUCUGGACUGUCCCUCGUCAAUCCGAUUAAGUUUACCAUCGAUUAUUACGCUGCUGUCUGCCCUCCAUGACGCCGUCUACUAAUCAAGACGCCAUCCCCGGCACAUUCGUUCUCGUGGACGAGGACCGCGUCCUUUCGACUCGCCAUCUUGACUCCGGAGAUAGCGACAUCGUUUUGGUUCCCGAACCUUCAAAUGAUCCAGAUGAUCCUCUGAAUUGGUCGCGGCGCCGGAAGCUUCUGUCUACAAUAUGCGUUAGCGUGUAUACCCUGUUCGCGGGCAUUGCUUGCGCAAACGUUUACUCUGUCCUGGUUCAACUUUCUGAAGAAACUAGUGUCUCUGUUCAUACACUAAAUGAGGGAACGGGCUAUAUGUUCCUGCUGGCCGGCUGGGGUCUUCUGUUUUGGCAGCCAUUUGCCCUUCAAUACGGGAAGCGGAUGACGUAUAUGAUCUCGCUUGUGGGGAUGGUGGGAACUAGUGUCUGGAGCCCUUUCGUGAAAAAUAACGGUGAAUGGAUAGCUCGAAGUAUCGUUAUGGGCUUCUUUCUGGCUCCAAUCGAGGCGUUGCCAGAAGUCACCGUCACCGAUGUGUACUUCACCCAUGAACGGGGACUGUACAUGAGCCUGUACGCACUCUUCCUCGCAGGAAGUAACUAUUUUGCCCCUGUUAUAUGCGGGUUUAUUGCCGAAUAUCACGGUUGGGAAUGGGUAUUUUACUGGCCGGCCAUAUUCUGUGGCGCAUCUAUCGUUUUUCUUUUCUUCCUCAUGGAGGAAACAAACUACGAACGAGAGAAACCCAACUCACCUAACGUUCCAAUGGAUAUGUUUACAUCGACAGAGAACGAGAAAAGGGAGAAAAAGGCUCUGCCAACUGAACCAUCGAGCCAGGGUGAUCCAGAAAUCGGUGCCAUAUACAACAAGAAGACGUAUCUACAGAAACUCUCGAUCCUAGGACCUCGCCGGUCGAGGAACAAUAUGCUUCGUCGGGCCUGGCAAACUGUUUAUUAUUUGAGCUGGCCAGUGAUAUUCUAUGCGGGGUUCUCAUACGGGUCAUACCUGAUAUGGUUCAAUGUCUUGAACGGAACUGCAUCUAUAGUACUGGGAUCCGCUCCUUAUAACUUCAGCUCAUCUAUGGUCGGUCUUAGCUAUCUUGCCUGUUGCCUUGGUGUCAUUCUUGGCUCUCUUUUUACCGGUCGUUUCAGCGACUGGCUCACUAUUAGACUUGCUCGCCGCAAUGGAGGGAUAAUGGAAGCCGAACAACGUCUCUGGCCGUUUGGUCUUUGUCUUAUCAUCGUCCCCGGUUCGUUAAUCCUAUGGGGAGUAGGCGCUGCCCACGGCAUCCACUGGUUUGGCCUUUUAGUUGCCAUGUGCCUCCUUGCAAUGGCAAACACUUGCGGUGUAACCUUGAGUGUGAACUACCUUGUCGAUAGCUACCGUGAGCUAAGCGGCGAUGCUAUGGCGACUGUAAUCCUUGUUCGCAAUACGAUGUCCUUUGCAAUAGGUUACGGAAUCACGCCCUGGGUAGAGGGGUUAGGAUACCAGAACUGCUUUAUUUUUGCAGCGUUUAUCGGGCUGGCAUGCUCUCUUGUCUUCCUGGUUAUGGUAAAGUGGGGGAAGAAUUUCCGGGUGCAUAGUCAAACGAAAUACUGGAGAAUUGUUGCAGAGAACUGGGAGAAGGGGAUGGGACAUUAAGGUGGGCAGUAAAGUGAGCAGUAAGGUAGACAAUGGGCAUUCUUCGUUGGAGAACAAUUUUUAUUCAACGUAAAUGAUGGCAUGAAGAUAUGGCCAGAUAGCUUAGGGUGAGCCAGAUUUCAUGGGCCGGUUUCCUAGAUAAGCGAACACAUCGAGAGCGGAGAUAACGGUGG